ACAUGAGUGUAUCAACCAAAAAAGCUGAAAGAAGAGAUGGUACCUGUACACACCUUGUUUUAUCCUCUUUUGGCCUUUGUGACCACAAUCACAGCAGCUUCUUUUUACUUUUUUAUGAUAAAACCAGAGCUCAUUGUGCAGUAUUACUUAAGAAUGACAGUUUUAUGGAGUGGUAUGAGGAUUAAGUAUAUUAAUGUAAAUGGGAGAAAAGUGUGCUAUGGAGAGAAGGGAUACAAACAGAAAGGCAGAUCUAGCAUUGUACUUCUACACGGGUUCUCAGCUGACAAAUCAAUGUGGGCACCUCUUGUUAAGAAUCUCCCUAGUGAUCUCCAUGUGCUUGCUUUAGAUCUCCCUGGAAAUGGAGAAAGUGAGGCCCCCAUGGAGGGCACUGACUUGUCACUGAAGGGACUUGUCAGAACUGUACACCAGAUAAUAGAGAUUUUAGGGAUGUCGGAGGAUCCUAUACACAUAGUGGGUCUGUCCAUGGGAGGAGCUGUAGCGGGCCUGUAUGCUGCAGAGUAUCCACACAUUGUGGACAGGGUGACCAUGAUGUGUCCUGCUAUGAGGACUCCUGAACAGACAUCUGUUGCCAUGGAGAUACAGAAAGCCGUAGAAUCUGGAGAUGAGGGCACAAUAUUAAAAGACUGCCCUCUUUUCCCUCAGAACCCUGAUGAGAUGCAGUAUUUGUUAGAUUUUGCACAGUAUCACAAGAGCAGUUUUAUUCCAAAACAGAUUCUGCAGGGAGCAAUUGAUAUGAGGAAGCAGUACCAUGGAUUUUAUUUAAAAUUGUUAAAGGCCUUAGCAGCAGAAGAAAAUGCUACAUUACUAGAAAGAACAGCCCCAAAAAUAAAUGUACCCUCCCAUGUUGUGUGGGGUCAGGAAGAUCAGGUUGUCCACGUUUCAGGAGCCAAUGUUCUUAAAGACAAACUGCCCAACUGUCAGAGAGUGGACAUCAUUCCACGCUGCGGCCAUGCAAUCAAUCUGGACAGACCAGGAUCUAAAACAAAAGCUCUGCUCAGCUUCAGGGGAGAGUACUCUAAGAAAAACAAAUAAACCAUGUUCUUUGCUGCCUGUGAUAACAUUGCCAUGUAAUAAAAAAUGGUGGACAUCUCUCAGGUGUUUCAAUCUAGUCAGGGGGUUCAAUUCAAUAAUGAUAAUUUUUUAAUUUUGUUUUACAGAAUUUUAUUCAUCAAAACUGUACAUUGUAUUUCGUCUUGAUCUCAUUUUAAUUUCAAAAGUUUAUAGUGUACUAUUAAACAGGUUAAUUUUUUUUAGAAUAGGUCCAUUUUAAAAUAAAUGUAAGCUCUCUCCCAAACAACCAAAUUUGCAUGGAUAAUACUAGGAAUGCAAAAUACAAGUGAAUCUUCAGAUACUGCAUGUGACAUAUAUAUAGUUUUAGAUGAGUAGUCAGUUAAAAUUUUUAAUAGCAGGUCAUUUUAUGUAUUUUAGUAGUAGAAGCCUGAGUUUUAUUGUAUGAACUUUGUAUUUAAAGAUUUUACUUCUGCAGUUUUAUUUUUGAGAAUUUAUUUUUCAGUCACACAGCUAAAUACUGAGUGAAAUUUGUUCCUGCAUUAUAUUGAACAUGCAUUUGAAAUGAGACUACUUUGCUUAUAAGUUGCAUGUAUUAUGAUGAGCUUAGUCAUCUCUAGUUACCGAGUACCGUAUAUACUCGCCUUUAAGUCAGUCCGCCUAUAAGUCGGUUGUAAUUUUCGAGGUUAUUUUGGAAGGAUUUGCCAUUGACCCGCAUAUACGUCGGUAAAAUUUUUUGCCAGAAUCGGCUGACAAUUUCAAAUCAAUGCUCUGAUCUUUUAACCUGGUUUUAAGUAAUAUUAUAAGAAAUUACACCAAUAUUUAAUUUGAAAUCAUAAAAGAAAAUAAGUGAUGCACACCUAAGAUCAAAUAGAAUUAAUGAAAUACGUAAAUACAUGUACUUUAUGCAUAUUCUUAGAAUACAAAAAUGAUAUUACAUAUCCAGACUUUAUUCAAAGAUAAUCAUCGAACAUGUUUGUAAAAUACUACAUGUUGCCGUCCAAAAAGAAUGCCAAUUUUUUAUGACUUGUCUAUAAGUCGGACAAAGAGUUUUGGACCAAAAUUUAACUCCCAAAAAAAACGACUUAUAGGCGAGUAUAUACGGUACAUAUGUUUAUCAAAUUUCUACAAAUGAAAAAUAUUUUUUAUCAUAGAUGAGUGAAACAUUCUGAAGCAUACCAUAAUCUUUCAUUUUAACUAAGCUGUGAUUUUGUAUUUAAAUUUUAUAUGUGUGAAACUUGCUCAAGUAUAUUUGUGAAAUGUUUGUGUUGCACAAUCAGAUAAUGUUUAAAACUUUUAUAUAC